AUGGAUCUCGAAAACGCCCGACCUGACUCCAAGGGGAUCUCCCCAGCUGAGCCGGAGGUGACCACUCAUGGCAGAUACAUCGCAGAACAGAUGCAUAUUGACAAGGCUCAAGCUAGUCAGCAUAUAGCUGGUGCUGUUGAAGUUCCCCAAGGUCGUCGCAUCCUCGGCAUCACUGUAUUCCCAUACAGUCAUCCACGUAUCCAAGCCGCUAUGCUGGGCCUGGUCCUCUUCAUGACUGUUGGAAUGUACAAUGUGUUGACGUUCAUCGGAGGAGCAGGUCAACAAACCGCUUACCUUUCCGAUGUCUCGAACAUCGCCCUUUACACAGUCUUCAGUGUCUUCUGUCUGGUCGCACCUGCCUGUCUCAACUACUUCGGGCUUCGACCGACGUUGUGCUUUGGAGGCCUCGGCUACGCUGCAUAUGCUGCAAGUCUUUGGUGUUUCAACUACACAGGCAACGUACCUUUUGUGAUCUUCGGUGGCGCCUGGUGUGGUCUCUCUGCCGCUUUCCUGUGGACCGCCGAGGGCGCAGGCCUGACCUCGUUCGCUUCCGAAGACAAAAAAGGCCUCUACAUCUCCAUCGUCUGGUCGAUCUACCAAGUCGGCCUGGUCAUCGGUGCCGCCAUCCCACUGGCCCAGAACUGGAACGCAGGCGAUGACAACGGCUCCCGCGUCGGCAACGGCACUUACAUCGGCCUCAUGGCUCUCAUGCUCAUCGGUGCCGCGCUGGGAGCCGCGCUAUACCCCUGGCACAAGAUCGUGCGCGAAGAUGGAUCUCGAGUGACGCUAGAGAGACAGAAGACCCUGGCAGAGGAGUUCCGCGCAUCUGUUCAAGUCAUCAACCGUAACCGCUGGAUCGUCUUCUUCUUCCCUAUGUGCUGGGCUGUCAAUUUCUUCGGCGUCUACCAAAACAACGACUUCAACGGUAUAGUCUUCACGGUGCGGGCCCGCAGUCUCAAUGCUUUUCUGUCUGGCGUCGCCCAAGUGUUUGCGCCUUGGUGCACGUAUCUCUUCACGGACAAGUUGCCCUUUGGGCGCCGCAAGCGGGCUUUCUGGGCUUUGGUCUAUACCUUUGUCAUCAUCAACGCGAUCUGGAUUGGAGGCUAUUGGGGCAUGAAGUACACUGUGGAGGGCCUCGAUGAGAAGGAGCGUCUGGAUGUCUUUGGUCGUGAUUAUGGAUGGUGGUGUCUGCUGUUUGUGAUGUAUGGCUUUACGGACGCGACGUACAAUUGCUAUGCUUAUUGGUUCAUUGGAGCGCUGAGUAAUGAUCCGGCUGAGUUGUCGGUCUAUGCGGCGCUGUAUCGACUGCUGAACGCACUGUGCAUGGUCGUUGGGUACUCGUUGGACUACGCCAAAUACUCGAAGGAGUUCAUGUUUGGGGCAUCAUGGGCGUUCUUGGCUUUCGGCAUGCUAUGUGUAUUGCCCAUCAUCAAAUACUGGCUCAAGGAUACCAACAUGAUCGUCCUGCCGGAAGACGGUGCAGAGCUGAGAGACGAAAAGGUGCAAUUUGAGGAGACCCACGUCCCAUCAAAGGAGUAA